AUGCACCACCCGCUUCGGGACCUUCCGAGGCUUCUCGUCAGGUUCGGCGCCAUCCCCAAGCCUUUGGACAAAAGCAGCGCUGCUUUGGAGUGGGAGGAGUGGCCGCAGGGCGACGAAGCUGCUGCGAAGUUUCCUGUGAACCGAAAAGAGAGGUGUUUUGGGCUUGGGAUUGUGGAGAAGCAUGGUGAGGGGGCUGAGAAGCUGACUCAGCAUCCUCCUUGUGACACGUCUGAAGCAGGAAGGCGCGGCAGGCAUGCAAAGGAAGAGGAAUUCAAUGCAGUAGGCCAGGAAAGUGGUAAGGAAGUCGUACAGCGCAUAGCGCGUGGGGUACUUGAAACAGAAGGGGGCGGCAGGAGUGCCAGGAGGAAAGUUGCCAAGGCAGCAAAGAAAGGUGGUUGGGCAGAAGCCAUAGAGAGCAGUGUGCGCGAGAAAGCGGAGGAACUUCAAACCGUCGAGCAGAGAGCAACGAUGCUACCGCCGCCCAGAAGGAAGCUUCCCAUCGUUCGCUGCCGGGCAGAUGUGGAUUUCCUGGUGGGAUUUGCGGGGUAUAUCAUGGAUCCUCCUGCGUGCACCCAGUGCAGCAUUUGCUUUGGAGAUUUUAUGCAAUCUGUGUGCACUGCUGCUCUCCUUGCCAACUUUGCCUACCGCCCCGUCAGCCAUCUGUUCUCCCGCGUGCUCUCAGUCUUCCCGCCUUCCUCCCGUGGCUUUGACGAGGUGGUUGAGUGCUUGGACUUUCCACCAGCGCGCCUGCCGAAACCCCUGAACCUGCAUAUGCUGCUGAGGCGCGCCGAGCAGGUGCCUCUGUACUUUCUCAUUCGCGUGGCAGAGAGGUUCGCGCAUCUUCUUUUGGGGGCGGAUGAUGAGUUUGAGGAGGAGUGCAGUGUUAGAGGGCGGGCGGGGCGGUCCAAGGUGCAAGGCUGCUGGUAUGAUGAGGCGGAUCAGGAGAACGGUGGAGAGGUGUGGGAGGAGGUGCGGAUGUGGUUUUCCGCAGCCAUAGCUGCAUGGAGGUUCUAUGUUGGGAGCGAGGGAGAGAGCGAGGAGUGUAGAGGCAGCAGGGAUGGAGAGAGAAGGGCGGAGGAGUGGGACAUGAGGUGGGUUUAUGAGGCAGCAAUUGCAUCGAGAUGCUGCUGGGGGAGCCGUGCUACCGCCCUGCCUCCCCUGCUGUGA